GUCGUCGUCGUCGUCGUCUUUCUUUUUAAAAAGUUCCAGUCUUUGCUGUUCCUGUUGAUGCUCGGAGCCUGCUGAUUCGAAACCACCGUCUGGUUCGGUUCCCCAUCUCUGGGCAGCUGCCUGCACCUGUGAAACGCUGUUUCUUCGGUCCCGGGAGCCCGUCCCGUUACUGCCCUGCUAAGGCGAACGAGGGUUUUCCAUAUCAGUAAAAGGAAGUUUCAUUGCUGGUGGCACCAAGCGGUUGCAGCUCAUAUACAAAAGGGGGAUCCCGGUGUAGGCUAAACUGGUAGACAUGGGUUAUGACUCGGGUGGAGCUUCUCAGGAUAGCAGGGAUGAUGAUGACGAAGAGGAAUAUGAAGAGGGUGGGAGUGGUAACCGCUUUUUGGGUUUUAUGUUCGGAAAUGUUGACAAUUCUGGGGACCUCGAUGCAGAUUAUCUUGAUGAGGAAGCGAAAGAGCAUCUGGCUGCAUUGGCCGAUAAGCUGGGUUCAUCUUUGACCGACAUAGAUUUGUCCAUAAAAUCGCCUCGAACUCAAGCUGAUGCUUCUGAACAAGAUUAUGAUGAGAAGGCCGAAGAUGCUGUUGACUAUGAAGACAUUGAUGAACAAUAUGAGGGGCCUGAGGUUCAAGCUGCUACUGAGGAGGAAAAUUUGUUUCCAGAAAAGGAAUAUCUUUCUGCUCAGAUCCCUUUUACGAAUAUGAGCAGCUCGAAUAAUGUGUUUGAUGACGAAAAUUAUGAUGAGGAUGAGGAACCUGAAAAGGAGCAGGAGAUGGUGGAUAAAAGUUUGGAAAGUCAAAUUGCUUUAUCAGAAGUGCAGGCUUCAGGUCAAGAAGCAGCCCCCAAAGUUGAAGUACCUUCUGACCACGAGCUUCAUGUUGGCACACCAGAUGAGGAAAAUUUUGAUCUUGAUUUAAAAGAUGAUGAGGAGAUGGAAGAGGCUCCCAAAGAACCAUCAGAGAAUAUCAGUCCGGCCCCACUGCCUGUUCUGUGUAUAGAAAAUGGAAUGGUCAUAUUAAGGUUCUCAGAAAUCUUUGGCAUUCAGGAAUCUUCGAAAAGGAGAUACAAGAGGGAUCAUAUGUUCUUGAUGCACAAAGAAAAAGUAAAGUCCAUCGAUGCUUCUGAUCUUGUCGAAGAGGAUGAGGAGGCUUUUUUGAGAGGCUUCAGUCAAGAGUUUUCAUCCAUGAAACAGGAGCAUCAAGUUCAUGAUGAUGUCAUGAAGACUAUGUACGACGAAAUGGUGUCAGAAAAAUUCGGUCUGAAGGCAAAUGUGGAAAUGUUGGACAGUUUUCUGAGUGGAGCACGAAUGAAAGAGGACUUAACAAUUGACCUUUCGACAGUGUGGGAGGUGCCACAAAGUCCAAACUUUUAUCCACUCGAUCAGCAAGAUUGGGAAAACAGCAUUCUCUGGGAUGCAGAUUCUCCGGGCAGUGAUAAUUCUGCAGAGGUUCAUGACAUUUAUGGACUUAACAUGGGGGUCAAGGAAGUCAAGAGUGAUGGAUAUUCCAUUUGGAGCUCUCCCAUGUCCAAAAAUAUGGUGAGACAAACUGACUCUGAAGACACAAAUCUCGUGGUUCCUGCAAAGAUGAGCCAUCCUCAACUCUUGAGGUUAGAAUCUUGCGAAGAAGCAGAAGAUUCUAGUCAUCCAUAUGGCAUGGAGAACACUGUUACGGCACAAUUUAGCAAGUUUUCUUUACAGAAUCAGCAAAUGAUGGAAGGAUCUUGGUUAAAUGACAUAAUUUGGGAGCCGAACAGACCCAUUACAAGACAGAAGCUUAUACUUGAUCUUGAAGAUAGGCAGAUGCUCUUUGAGGUUGUAGAUGAGAAGAACGAGAGUGAGCUUUGGUUACAUGCAGGGGCUAUGCUCGUGAGCUGUUCUUCAGAAUCCCAUGGCCAUGAUUCUCUCGAGCUACCCAAUCAUGGAAAUGAGACAUAUUCAAGAUUUGAUAUUGCCAACGAUAUUUUCUAUUCAAACAGGAAAACUUCUCAACAAUUGAAUACGAACUCUGAGAAGCGUACAUCUUACGGCGUUGAAGUUUAUCAUUCUGCACCUGCUCUUAAGUUGGAGACGACGAAACCAAAGUUGAGCAAUAAAGAUAUAGCCAAUUUUCAUCGGCCUAAAGCUCUAUGGUAUCCCCAUGACAAUGAAGUUUUUAAGGAGCGUGGAAAGCUGCCAACCCAAGGCCCUAUGAAAAUUAUAGUGAAGAGUUUGGGAGGCAAAGGAAGUAAACUUCAUGUUGACAGUAAGGAAACAAUCUCUUCGAUCAAGGCAAAAGCUUCAAAGAAGCUAGAUUUCAAGCCAUCUGAGCCGGUGAAGAUAUUCUAUCGAGGAAAGGAACUUGAGGAUGACAAGUCUCUCUCUGCCCAAAAUGUACAGCCAAAUUCCCUAUUACAUGUAGUGCGUACAAAAAUCCAUUUGUUACCCAGAGCACAGAAGAUCCCUAGUGAGAAUAAAUCAUUGCGACCUCCUGGGGCUUUUAAGAAGAAAUCAGAGCUCUCUGUGAAAGAUGGUCAUGUCUUUCUAAUGGAGUAUUGUGAGGAAAGGCCCUUACUGUUGAGCAACGUCGGGAUGGGUGCAAGAUUUUGCACAUACUAUCAGAAGACAGCCCCAAGUGAUCAAACUGGCAAUUUAUUGUCCAGCGAAAACAGAAGUUUAGGGUCUCUUUUAGCACUUGACCCUGCUGAUAAAUCCCCCUUUCUCGGAGAGAUAAAACCUGGUUCCACUCAAUCUUCCCUUGAAACCAACAUGUUCAGAUCACCAGUGUUCCCUCAUAAGGUGUCCUCGACAGAUUAUCUUUUGGUUCGUUCAGCAAAAGGAAAGCUUUCAAUAAGGCGCAUUGACAAGAUUAAUGUUGUCGGCCAGCAGGAGCCUCUGAUGGAAGUUAUGUCCCCUGGGAGUAAGGAACUUCAGUAUUAUCUCCUAAACAGGGUUGUGGUGCAUAUGUUCCGCGAGUUCCGUGCCCUGAAAAAGCGCAACUUGACUCCAUGUAUUCUUGCGGAUGAGUUAGUUUCUCAUUUCCCACAUCUCUCUGAAGCCUUUCAUCGGAAUAGGCUGAAAAAGAAUGGAUUUGCAGAUCUUAAGAGGGGACCUACUGGACAAUGGAUCUGGAAGUUGAGACCAAAUGUCAACAUCCCAUCGGAAGAAGCAUUGAGAAAACACGUGCCACCGGAGAAAGUUUGUGCUUAUGAAAGUAUGCAAGCAGGUCUUUACAGACUGAAGCAUUUAGGAAUCACAAGACUGAUGAAUCCCACAGUCAUCGCAUCAGCGAUGAGUCAGCUUCCAAAUGAGGCAAUAGCUUUAGCUGCUGCGUCACACAUUGAAAGGGAACUGCAGAUCACUCCCUGGAGCUUAAGUAGCAAUUUUGUCGCCUGCACGAACCAGGUAAAAGAAAAUCUUGAGCGCUUGGAAAUUUCCGGUGUCGGCGAUCCUUCAGGUCGGGGCCUCGGCUUUAGCUAUGUUCGUAGUACCCCAAAGGCACCAGUUUCGAAUGCAAUGACAAAGAAAAAGGCUGCAGCUAAGGGCACCACAGUUACUGGAACAGAUGCUGAUCUACGUAGACUGAGCAUGGAAGCUGCACGGGAGGUCUUACUAAAGUUCAAUGUUCCCGAUGAAGUAAUCGCAAAACAGACAAGGUGGCAUCGAAUUGCAAUGAUACGUGAAUUUUCCAGUGAACAAGCAGCCUCUGGGGUCAAGGUGGACCCAACGACCAUCGGCAAAUAUGCACGAGGUCAAAGAAUGUCAUUUGUUCAGCUCCAGCAGCAGACAAGGGAAAAAUGCCAGGACAUUUGGGACAGACAAUUUCAGUCUCUCACAGCCAUUGAUGAAGGUGCCAGUGACUCUGAGUCAAAUAGUGAUUUGGACUCUUUUGCUGGCGAUCUGGAGAACUUGCUUGAUGCAGAGGAAUGUGAAGGAGAUGAAGUGAUUAAUGAACCCAAGCAUGACCGAUCCGACAGUGUGAAGGGACUUAAGAUGAGGAGAUAUCCAUCCCAAACUGAGGUUCAGGAGAAGGAUGAGGACGAGGCUGCUGAAGCAGCUGAGCUAUGCAGGAUGCUGAUGGACGAUGAGAAGACGGGGUUGACAAAGAAGAAGAAGGCUGGACUGGCACGGAAGGAAGUUGGGGCUGUGGGCCCACUUUUAGGCUUUGGUUCUGAGAAUGUAGAGCGUAUCAAGAAACCCAAGAAAAUGGUCAAGCAAAUUAUUAGUUCGAUCCAACCUGACAAAGCUUAUAAUGGGAUGGAGAACAUUUUAGGAGAGAAGAAAGAUGGGGAAGUUCUGGCCAUCAAGGAUGAUCUUCUCCCAAAAGUGAAAGCAAAGAAAGUUAAGAUAUUGGGUGAUGGAAUGAAGCAGAUAUUUAAGGAGAAGAAAUCAGCUAGAGAGAGUUUUGUUUGCGGAGCCUGUGGUCAGCUUGGACACAUGAGGACAAACAAGAACUGCCCAAGGUAUGGAGAAGAUCCAGAAGCACAAGCUGACCGUGGAGAUCCUGACAAGGUUUCUGCAAAGUCUAGUUCUCUUGAUCCUUCCAGUCAACACCAACAGAAGCAUGCCACCAAAAAGGUCGCACAGAAAAGUGUGGGAAAAACUGCUCUGGUGGAAGCACCAGAAUGUGAAAAAUCCCUCACAAAGGUGAAAUCUCUGAAGCUUAAGUGUGGGUCAGUUGACAAGAUAUUGGACAACACCAACCCCGGACCCACUCGAAGCUCGGACCAAAUGGUUUUGCCUGUGGCUGACAAUAAGCCCAACACAAAGGUCAGCAAGAUAGUUAUUUCUAGCAAAUCGAAACAAGGAGAAGUGCAAGUUGAAUCUCAGAAGCCUAAUAUUGUGAUACGACCACCUGAUCGUGGUCAAGCUGAGACUCCGAAGGCCUCCAUUGUGUUUCGGCCACCCAUGGCAAUAGUCCAGAGCAAACUUGAACCUCCUAAGCCCUCAAUCGUGAUAAAACCGCCUACAGACAUAGAGAAGGAACAGACCCAAAAAAGAAUAAAGAUCAGAAGGCCAAAAGAGGUUGUUGACCUUGAUCAGGUGAGUCAAGAAGGUAGUGUUGAUUUUGAUUAUAGGAAGACAAAGAAAAUAGUUGAGCUGUCAGGAUUUGAUAAUUACGGGAGGAAUGAAACUGGGAUCUUCAGCGAGUCUUCGUCGAAAAGGAAGCCUCGGGAAGAUCAGAGAUGGUGGGAGGAGGAAGAAAAAAGGAGACAUGCAGAGAUGGUGAGAGAAGAGAGGACAAGGAGGCUUUACAUGGAAGAAACGAGGAUGCUAGAGGAGCAGGAGAGAUUAGCGGAGAUCGAAAGGUAUGAGGUCUCGAUAAGGAGGGAAAGAGAGGAAGAAGAGCGGCUGAAGGCAAAGAAGAAGAAGAAGAAGAUGAAGAGGCCUGAAGUGGAGUAUGUAGAGGAGGAUUACAGAGGUAGCAGAAGAAACGACGGGAGGCCUGAUAGAGACCGAACUGCGAGGAGGAAACCUGAGGUGGCAAAAGUUGCUGCAGACUUUGGCCCUCCAACAAAGCGCCGUAGAGGUGGAGAGGUUGGUUUAGCAAACAUAUUGGAGCACAUCGUCGAGGUCCUCAGAAGCAGGCAAGAGGUAUCGUAUCUCUUCCUCAAGCCCGUAACCAAGAAAGAGGCUCCCGACUAUCUGGACAUAGUCAAGAAGCCGAUGGAUCUCUCCACUAUCCGAGAGAAAGUCAGGAGGUUGGAGUACAAGAGCCGAAACGAGUUUAGGCACGACGUGUGGCAAAUUGCGUUCAAUGCCCACUUGUACAAUGACAGACGGAAUCCUGGGAUCCCUCCACUUGCAGAUCAGCUGUUAGAGCUGUGUGACUACUUGUUGGACGAACAUACUGAUAGCUUGGAUGAAGCUGAAGAGGCUAUCGAGGAUUAAGCAUAGUUAGCGUAGUUAGCAUUUUUGUAACUUGUAAUUGUUUCUGCGGUUGCCCAACGUUUUUCUGCCCCGGGCUUCCUUUCUCGUGUACAUAUUUAUCUUUUUGGUUCCAAUGUAUCUAUAGGCGGUUUCCUUCUCUCUAUAUAUGGGAUCUUUGAGGGGGCCAAUAUAUAGUGGAACUGUGUUUAUUUGUGAGAUGCCGUGAGUAUCUAGUACAGUUAGAUUUAUAUACAGAUAUUUCUCGCCCAUUGGGACAUUUGCAGCUUUCGGGACCUAUGUAAUCAAAUCUUGCCCGUUGGAGAGGAAGGAGACGAAAA